GGUCAGUGUAUCAGCAGAUAUCUACGUGUACUCUACCUGCUUGUUUUGUUUUCUCAUAGAUACACAUAUGUAUAUAUAUAUAUAUAUACGUAUGUAGAGUGCAUAUUGUUAACUGGUGUAUACCAUCUGAAGUAUAUUUACAUUGUCGUGUAUAUUGGGAAAUGGAGAGAACUAACGCAUCUGUGAAAACUGUAUUCGUCUGCUUCAGCGUGACAGUGCUCUUGUGUCUUUUAAACGAGUGUAAAUCUAAUGAAACGCAUACGGAAUGCGAGGCUAGAAAGCAAUUCGAAACAUGUUUGAACAAAACUAAAAGUGAUAUUCUCAACCCAACUCCCAAUCCUGAAUUCGAUUUGUCCUCAAUGAAGGAUGCUGUAAAUAUGGAUAGCAGUGAUUUUAUGGGGAAAUGCACAGAAGACAAAAUUUGCACAGUGAAAACACUCUUGUGUUACCUUGGUGACCAACUGAAAGCUGAGUGGAAACAUUGUUACGAUGAAGAGGAAACGCACCUAAUACAGACUGCGUAUGAAUAUUUGGAAAGCGUGAGACACACACCGAUGGAAUUCGAUCUCGAGAAAUUCAGUAAUUUGGAUUAAUUCCGGUGUCGCCGAGUUAUCCAGCGUUAAAUUCUGCAUAUAUCUUCGAUUUCACUUUGUGAAUUCCUUUCAUUCACUGACAUUGCAUGUAGAAUACGUUCAGGCAUUAUUUUCACGGACUAAUUGUCUUACCUGUAUUCAUAUUAACCAACUAAUUGAUUGGAUGAAGUGGAGAAGAAUCACUUUCUUUAAUUUUAUGCAUAACUCUAUUCUGAUGAUAUAAUCAAAUAACAACAAAUACUUAAUGCUCUCUAUAUAUUCUGACAUUUCUCCUGAUUAUUCUGACAAGAACUCAUUGUUUAACCAGUCAUUACACUGAAGUAUGUUUUCCACUUUCGUUUCUCUACACUGAAAUAUACUCAGAGUUGUGAUGUCGUCUUCCAUUCUGAUAUCAACUGUUCAUAAUAAUUUGUGUUACUUUUACC